AUGGGUGCCCCUGUCUCAGAAGUGGCCAUCAUUCCCCUGGUAAAAGAGGCCGAUCUACGCGACGAGAACAGCGAGGCAUCAAAGAUCCUCAACAACUCAAAAUACAGUUUACAAUUGAGCAGCCUGGAUACCAGCGCAUGGUAUGGGUCUUCCCCAGAUUGGGAUGAUCUCGAAUCUCACCUCAACUUCGUGGCUGCUCCGUAUUACCAACCCUCCAUGGACGAAUUCAAUGCGAUUGUUGCUGGAAGAGCUGUUUUGUUCCAUACAACAUUUGAGGAAGGAGUUGGCAUUUUGCCUCUGGUCGAGCUCAACAAUUACACGGCCGAUGUCUCCUUUGCUUUCUUCCCCGCACGAUCCUUGACCCAAGACUUCCAAGAUGAUCUUUCCCGAGUCGCUCGGGCUGUGAACACGAAUCUCCUCGAGUCUAACGAUGCGCCCUCGAGUAUUGCCAGCGGCUGGUGUACUGAUGAUGUGUUAGACGAAGAACGUCAUGGAAAAGGACCGGAGAGGCCUUGGAUGUCGAUGAUGACAUGGAAGAACAAAGAAACUCGCCAGAGAGCAUGGGGUCGCAAAGCUGUUCUCGGUGAUAUUCAGAAGCUCGUUGAAGGACAGGGAGAGAUGGAAAUCUACGAGGUCAAGUUCCAGCCUGUGAUUUCCAAGCCAUGGAUAAUAGGCUUUCGGACAUCAUGUUGCAUUGAUUAUUGGCAUAAUUCGAUUUAA